AUGUAUUUAAAAUGGAUUCAUUUUAAAAUUGUGACACUAUCUCUGCGCAAAUUUCCUUUCAAACACCGGCAAGGCAGGGGGAAACCUAAUUCCAAACCGCCACCGUCCGCCACCAGGCGGCGACUCGCGCCUCCGGUUGAGUCGAGUUCGUCUGCGAACAUACCGAACGGACUGUUUCUCAGUUUCAAACUGAUAAUGGCGGAAGACAUACCCGAAGCGGCGGAGGUGUGGCGUUGGGUCAUCGAGUACCUCCCUAGUGUAAAAGAGUUCGAUCGGCAGCUUCUUGAAGAACUGGUCGAGUCAGUUCCGGAUGUUGUGAGGAAAAGCGCCGAGGAAAUGCUCCAGUCUCCACUUCCCGCCAAGUGUACCUUGGAGCUGCUUAAAGAGAAAAUACUGGGAGGCUUCAUUUCAGACGAGUACUCGAAGAGGUGGUGUGGGGUGGUUCCUGACUCGAUGGAGUCUGAUUCUGUUCUUCCUAUGGAAUGUUCUGGUGCUCAGAUCAAUCAACGGCUGUCCACCGAUGAAGCAGGCGAUAAGUCACAGGGGAGUGAUUCAAUAGAAGAUGAUGUUGUCCUUGUUGACAUUUCUGGUGCCAAUGCCGGUGUGGAAGUGCAGAAUGAUCUUCAACAAUCAACAGCUGCCGAGACAGUACAUUCUGCAGGAACCAGCUUUGCGAAUCGUGAUGGACGGGUAAAAUUGGAUGGAAAGAAAUCAGUACGAGAUGAUGACCGUGAUGGUUCUGUCCAUAUUGAGGGUUCUGAAUGGUUCCGAAUAGUAAGCAAUCAUCUGAUGAAGAAUUACAAUGCUAGUUCAAGUGAGGAUGUUCCGAAUAGUAAGCAAUCAUCUGGCGCAGUGGUAGAGAAUCCAUUGGUGAACUGUGAUGGGAACCGCAAUGAACUGGUGAAGUCGGGUGGAAAUAAGCCGAUUGAGACUAGUCACAGUGGUUCUUCAACGUAUGUGAAGAGUUCUGCUGCUCGUGCUAAUGAUAAACAGCCAUCUAGUGAUGGGGGAGACCGUCCUUUGCAGAAUGGUGUUAAGAACCAUCAGCAGGUCAAGUCGGGUGGAAAUUACACUCUGGUUGAGGAGAAUCACGAUGGCUCCCUUUCGACCAGGAGUUCUAAUAAUCCUCUUUCUAAUGGUGACGUCCAGAACGGUAAGCAGCCAUCUGCUGCUGCGUUAGAGCACCCUUUGGUAAAUGGUGAUGGGAACCGUGAUAGGCCAAUUCAGCAUCUUACUGUUUCUUCAAUUUCUGUCAAGACUUCUGAUGCUCGUGCUGUUAAUAGUGCCAACAACAGUAAGCAGCCAUCUGGUUCUACUGGGAUAGAGCGCCCUUCAAAGAAAAGUGAUAAGAACCCUGAGCAGCUGAAGUCAGGUGGGUACGGCACAAUUGAGAAGAAUCGAAUUGGUUUCAUUUCCAUGAAGAAUUCUGAUAAGGCUGCUCCAUCUAACGAUGGGGAUAUCCAAAACCGUCAGCAACCACUUGGUCCUGCAGUAGGGCAUCAUCAUCCUUUGGUAAGUGGUGACAUAAACAAUGCUAAGCUAUUAAAAUCAGCUCAUAAGAAGCCAAUUCAGAUGCCUCGUCAAGUUGGUUCGCCUUCUGAUCCCGGUGCUCACACUAAUCAAGUGCAGAAUCAUCAGCAACCAUCCCAUAUGGAGACUGAAAAAGAUAAGCGAAAUGAGCGUCUUAAUCGGAAGAGGAAGGUGAACGAUUUCCUAGAGAAUCACCAGCUGCUACCGGCUCCAGGAAUUGCAGGUCCCACAGACCUAAAUCUGUGUGUGAAGUGUCACCAAAUCGGGGCGGUGUUGGUUUGUGCAACUGCUGGUUGCCCAAUGAUGCUUCAUAAAAGCUGCCUGGGUUUUAAUGUAGAGGAAGGAGGAGGAGAAGGAAGCUUUCAUUGCCCUCUUUGUUCAUAUAGUCGAGCUGUUGCUGAGCUCCGUGAAGCUCAGAGACGGGUUGCCUUAACACGAAAGGAUUUGUCUGGGUUUGUCGUUGGUAUGCAACUCUAG